UCGUUCAACCAGCACGUCUCCUCAUGCGCUCGGUGGAGCUCCAGUAACAAAUCGUCGGUUCGGAACGAGGAACGUGUUUGCAAUAGGCAGCUGCCUUUGGCAUGUUAUGGGCGAUAUAGAUAGAGUGAAAAUAAUUUGCGACUUGAAAAAAGUGGUGUGCGAGACCGGAAGAGACCCCGGAGAGCUGAAAGUGCACUGUGAUUGAUCAUAAUCGUGUUACACAACCAGCUAAGUACGCAACCAAUAACUGGCGGUCAGUUGUCAUCGAAAGACCCGUGAAAGCAUGAGUAUUGGAGCUUGUGAGUUAUGACCAGAGCUAUGUUUGACGCUCCUUCCCAGCCUCACCUUUCGUAGCCCAAUGAGAGAAACAAAGAAUCAAUGUACUUUACAAUAAAACAGAUAAUUGAGAAGGAUGGAGCCAUAUGACAGCGAAAGAUCUGUGCAAUUUAAUCGUGAUAAUCGUUCCACAAAAUUGAAACAAGAAAAUCACAAAAGAAAUCCACCAGAGAAUACUGUUUCUGCAGGAAGCUUAGAAAAACAUGAUCAAAACAAUCUGGAAAUAUCAAACGAGUCGGAUACACAGAAUCAUUCUGUUGAAGAGGGCCUUGAUGGCUCAUCUCGUUCUCCUGAGGAUAAAUGUUCCACCAGCAGCGAAGGAAAAGACGAAAAGAGGCCUCAGAAUAAUUCAAGCCCAAAGGAUGUUCAUUAUGUUCACUCCUCCAAUACUCCUCCAAUUUUGAAUAUUAAAAUUUGCAGGUACAGCCCGAGGCCUGAAAAUGGUCAGAUCAAUCGCGAAAAUGUCCAUACCAGGAAGAUACGUGAGCAGCAGCAAAAAACAAUAUUAACGAACAAAUCACACAGUAUGGUCAAUAUAUCGACAUACGGAAAAACAGUUGGAAGUGAUGCUGCAACAAACAACGUUAAUCCACCAAAUCAUACAAAGACUUCGCAACAACAAAAUCAUGGCUUAAGAGGGAAUGCAGCCGAAACGAUCAGUUGUUUGAAUACCUCAGAUGUAAUGACUUUGAAGCAGAGAGGAAGCUUGACAGAAGCAACGUACAACCAGUACAUACAGCGGCAUAGUUCCCACUCCAUUCGCCUACCAUAUUCGGCAAAGCUGCAUGACGGAAAUUGGACUUUAAAGGUUCUCGGUGAAGAGUGCCUGGUCACAAUCGGAAGCAACCAAGGUUGCAGCUAUGUGUCUCAGGUUUCCUUAGAACGAAUCGCCGAAUUGGAUAGCGCUAGUGAUUUUGAAGUGGCGAAGAACAUACUGUUGGCCAAUCUUAAGGUCGUACGAGUAUUGGAGGAUAUUUUGGCUCAGCAACGGGAAGCCAUAGUGAGUUGUAUUCGAACCGAGAUGCACACAGUUGGAACGAAAUGUGGAACUGAUUUGAAUAGCGCUAAAUGCUUGCUUGAAAUGCGAAGGAUUUCCAUGAUGGGUGACUUUUCGACGAAACUGCACCACAGUAAAUUCAUUCUAAACGAAAAUUUGAAACAUGGAUUCUGGAGAUUUUUUGAAAACAAUGCUUCACUAAUGGAACGGAACUCAUUUGGAAAUAUGAAUGACUGCUACUUCGAAGCUAGUCCCAAAUUCGUUAAAGAUAUUUUAAACGAAAUAUUCGACCAGCGUAAGAAUGAUUUGCUGAGGAUUUGUUCACCUUUCUUUGAACCUAGUGUAAAAUCCAUGAAACCGCAUCAUUGUAUGUUUCUGAGAGAGGAGGAUGUAAAACUGUUCAAUGAUUUAGAACAUGUCCUUCCUAAAAGUGUGUUGUCAGUAAUUACGGAAAAUUUUACAAAGAAAAUCGCUGAUAUAGAGCCUGAUCAAUACUGCCAGUCACUUCCGGUUGCAAACAAUGUCUAUUUGCACGUUUGUAAGAGUUUAUUGCAGAUCGAAAGACGGGUUGAACAGGAAGUGGCCAUACUGAAACCCAUUGCAUAUCAUCAGAACGAAUGGAUAAUGACUGAUGAGGCUAAAAAACAAAGGGGAACAACGUCAGAAAAGUGUUUUCUCGCCCAACUUCGGGCGUUGGUCUUUUUUGCGAACCAUUUUGAGCCUGGAAAGUCAUCAACGAGAUAUAUUGUUCCUUACCAGUUUAAGUUAGAAGUGUUCAAAGAAGAAAACGUCUGCGAUCAUUAUUUAUGGCUUUGUUUGUUAGAUUUCACAAUAUCGGGCCUGGUUGGGGAGAAUCUUCCAACAUAUUAUUCGAAUUUGUUUAAAACAAUAAAACAAUGCAUCACACUUGGAAAACAUGUGGGACCACAAUCCCACGAGUCUACUCGAAGGGAAGUCCACAGUAUGUUGGAAUUUAUUGCCCAAAUAGAAUCGUCAGCGAUCGGAAAUAGCAAAAUUUUUGAAUUUGCUCUAUCAAGCCUAACAGAAUGUGUGAGUAAGUCAUAUCUCAAUGAUAAAUGGGAUCCCCGCCGUACAAUCGAAGUAUUAAAUAGAUUUUGGGAAAGAUACAAUGAGCUUCAUCAACAGCUUUCAAGAAAACUGGGAGGAAAUGGUCGGACUAAAAAAAUUGAAGAACUGCUGAAUAACAUUUUAGAUGUUAUUCGUGUUGUAAUGGAAAAGCUAGAGCACCUUGAAGACUUUUUGAAAUUCUACAACACAUUUAGUGAGUUUUUGCUUGACUUAUCGGAAUUGUCGUAUGACUGGUUUGUACAAAUUCAAGACCAGAGAUUUCGAAGCAUUCUAUUCAGGAGGCGAGUAAUCAAGUGGGUUGAUAACAAGGCCGGUAAUAUGGAAAGCGCAUGCUAUCUAGUUGAGAGAGAAAUGAAUGAUUCUUUUAUCGAAUUAUGUGCACCUGGCAAUAUACCAAAACACUACACAUAUGAAGUAGUCUUCAGCCUUCUUGAAAGUGUUCUUAAAACAUCUAAAACCAUGAGCUGGAGAAACGGGAAUAUAUUGACUAAAGCUGACCAAUUAAGUGCAACAGUACAGCUGAUCAGUACCGUACGGAAUACGCUUCUUCGCCUCGUUGAACAGCCCUACUCCGAUGAUUUCGAAAGAUUCUACAACCAAACUACUAAACCUUUCGAUAGCAUCAUCAGUAACAGUGUUUCUUUGCAGGAUUUUGAAGAUCGACUGGCUAGAAUCGCUGAGCCGUUUUUGUAUUUUAGCCAUCACGGCAACUUGCGAUUCGCAAAAAUGCUACGGACGUUCUCCGACUAUGGUGAUGAAGAAUGUUCGAUGACAGACCUCGAGCUUUACAAUAGUCAAUUCGAAGAUAUCAUGCUAAAGGUCAGUACGUUGGAAGAUUCAGCCAAAAUCUGGGAAAUUAAGGAUAGCAUUUAUAGGCAGAUUGUUGAGUCGGAAGAAAAUCAAAACACUGCCAAACCGAAAAUCUUGGCCUGUCUGGCAACUGUGUGGUCCAUUAUAAUUUCCGAAAAUGUCUCCAACGCGGACAAAUACGUAAAGCCACAUGCGACCCAAAUACAAACCAUCUUACGAUUAUUAGCGAAAGGUCGAAUAACUGAAUGCUUCGAAAACCACUUCGUGCAUGUUCCACCCGAGGACGGAAAUUCAACUGUUCUAGCACUUGUCUCCGGUGUGCUCCAACUACUUGGUAACAAUGUUGUGAUUGUGUAUCGUAAUGAGCAUGCUGCGCAGCAAAUAAUAAGAAAGUUCCGCAGGUUGUAUCAAUUGUUUGACAUCCGUGUAUCAUACAAAUCCUUCGAUGAGUUGGUGCGGUGCCAGGUUGAGCCAAUUGCUCUCAAAGCUGAACGACACAUAAGCAAUUGCAUAGGCCUUCCCCAUACCGCAGGUAACAUCACUACUGGAACUAUGAAAACAAAAUUUCUGCUCGUAAUUGAUGGAUUCGAUACAGUGGAAAAACAUUACCAACGGACAUAUAAUCGAUCAUUCUCACCAGUCGUACCAGGACUGGCAAAAAUUCAACAAAAAAUUUGGGAACUUGUUCGGGCCAACAGCGCCGACGUCGAACAUCUUAUCAACUCAUAUGUUCAAUCGUCAUCUGACGCUGAUAUUUUGGAACUAAGGUCACUCAUUGACUGUAAUAAAUCAUAUCCUUUGCUGGAAACCUAUCCUACCCCAUCAGUAGUUCAAUACACAAACAGAACCAUGUUUACAGUUCACUUCAAGCGAAUGAUAAAGGCAGCAAGCACUGUUCACUAUCGCUCAUCGGAUGACAGUUUUCUCCGUCACUUCGAACUGAAUCCGAAAGGAGUUCUAAUGAGCGAUUUUAAUGAUGAGCAUUUUUAUUCAGAUGGCCACACAGGAUACUACAAGCCAUUUGUUUAUUUUAGCUUACGCGUUGAUAACUUUGUCCAAAAUGUCGACGGAGUCAAUAAUUACGGAUAUUUACACUUCAACGUGACUUCAUACCCAUACAGAAGGCUACUGGAAGAGUUUUCAAUUCUUGGGGUGACGGAAUCCCAACAUAGCAAUUUUUCACUCAAAUUUACGAUGAACGCGUUGUUUGAAAAGCCCGAACCAAACUUUCAAUCCCACUCAAAUGUGGAUGAAUGGAAACGGGCUAUACUUUCCGAAAUUGAUGCAACUGUCAGUGCUAACCGCUCGGUGAUCGUUCUGUUUGAGUAUGCCUCGGACAUUACUCGAUUUAAGCAAUUUGCGCAACUUCAGCUCGAUCACUUCAAUAAAUUCACUGAAACCACCAUGGCCAUGGUUCCAUUCGCAUCCAGAACUGUGCUCCUGGUGACGCUCGAAAUGUUACUCAAUAUCGAGUACAGACCUUCCGUGUCUACGAAGUCGAAUGGUGGUCUUCAUGUUAUCCAAACAUACUUUUCACUCGACGAAGGAGAGGAAACGCUUAUUAGGCAAUGGUUAGGCCGAGGCGGUGGUGGCAGUUACGAGUUGAUCGUCUGCCGGGAGUAUCUUGGGACGCUGGUUCUAAUGGAAAAAGGCGAACAAAGCUUCGAUUAUCGAUGCUUGAACAAAAUACGGAAGCGCCAUUCCGAAGCCUAUAAUGCUAACAAAGUAAAACAAUUGGAAAAACUAGAUGCAGAGCAGAGAAAGUUUUUGGAGUUGUGGAAUAAUUUACUGUAAUUUGGGUAUCAUUGACAUUUUCGAAAUAUAGAUUUUAUUGGCUGGAA